AUGACUCCAAAGGAUGCCUAUCAAGAGCGAAUUCGAGAAACGCUCUACCCCCUGUUCCUAAUGAAACGUCGAGUCAACUUAUACAAACUAUUCCUCGUCAUGCCUUCUUCUCAAUCACAUGAGACACCUUCGACAGCUUCCCGACCACAACGCUUGCGCAAGCCGCCCUCCAACCCCGGGAUGAUAUCGCCAUCGCCAGAUUCACGAAGACGUGUCUCAGUCGAUCGUUUACCUCGCCCAUCCCAGCGCACCAGUAGUAGUACCGUUAUUGAAGUCGUUGAUGUCACAACAGAAGACGACGAUGAGGAUGUACUCUUGGACAAUUCUAGUAACAAAGGAAAUCCGGUAGUCAAUCACCCACUACAGGCACCGGUUCAGCCUUUGUUACACAAAAAACUCUACGCGAAGAUUCUGAGGAAGAGAAUGGUAAAGUCCGGCCGAGAGGUCGACAAGGUGAUCCAGGCAAAAACGCCGAAAUUCAAGGUUAUUAUGGUGAACCGUAUCAUCUAA